UUUCUUCUGUGUUAAUGCAAUGCAGACAAUUAUCCUCAUCUAUUUCUCAUCUAUUGUGUGUGUAUCCUGAGCUGCUAUUCGUCCUGUGUACUAUAUCUGACUCUGACAUCAUUAUUAUGGGCUGACUGGGAGGAUCUGUGCGCACUGCCCUUUAAGAUGCGUCUGUCAUCUCUCCGUUAAUGGAAAGUCAUUCUGGUUGUUUUCUGCGGUGCAGGAGAUCUGUUCCAGCUGGCCUGAGCAAGACUGAGAGAGGGAGGGAGAGAAAAAAAAACACUGUGGUGCAUUUUGUGUCGGCCGAAAAUCCCAGGAAGGAAGGAGGGGGGAGAGGACGGGCUCCGCCGAGGGAGACGGAAAUGAGAGGGGGGUGUUCAAAGAGGAAAACCCUAUCCCUUUAAGAGCAAGUGGGACAUAGCGGUGCGAGGAAAAGGAGAGGAGGGGGAGAAGAAAGAGGAAUUAAAAAAGAAAAGGAAGAAAGAGACAGGGAGGGAGGAGGGAGAGCGGGCGAUAAAAAAAGAAAGAUGACAUCCUCGCGGCUGAACGGCCGAGGUGGAGCGAUAGGCUGCGGCCCGGCGAGAGCGCCGCUCGCCGGGGUCAGGGCUUGAAUCCAACAACGAGGCUUCGACAAACACCCGAUUGGCCUAUCGGGGGAAAUCGGAAAAAUAGAUUCAUAAAUUAAAAACAAAGCAUGACCUGCUAUGCUACCAGAUGCGUGUGUUAUAACCCAUAUUUGUUCUCUUGCGUAAAAAAAUGCAUCUAUUUCACGUAGAAUUGUUUAUGUUUAUUGCUAAAGUAUAAUACUCUACUAUGCGAUUUCUUUUUUUUAGUUUUUGAAGGCACUUCUGCUGUGUGAUGUUGCGUUUUUAGUGAGAUUAGUGUUUGAUGAAUUAAAGUUAGAAACCAAAGUCAAAGAGACACAGGCCAUUAUCUGGACCUGGCCUGCUCCACACACUCCUGCCUGUGUAUGAGUGUGUGUUCGAGUGUGUGUAUGUGUGCGUGUGUGUACGGCAGCCUGCGUUUCAGUCGACAGCUGCGUGCAUUUUUAAUUGACAGCAUUAGGGCUACCUCAAUGAGAAAUAAGCAUAUUUUCGCCGACGAUUUUAUUCACGUUUUCACCCCCCGAGAGAGAGAGAGGGAAUCCGGAAGCCCCGUCGUCUCUGCUGCAGGACAGGCGACUGUUUGCGCCUCGAUCAUCGCUGGGCCGAUCAGAGCCAUGCAAAGGCUGCUGUCCUCGAUCUCAAUCAGGAGCUGACUUUAUAAUCUCCAUCGCUGUGGCGCAAAAUGGAUGCUGCUUGGAGCAAUUUUCUUUUCCAGAAUACUCCCACCCAAAACCAAGUGGAGGGGGGCCUCCAAUCAGAGCUCAUGCCAGUGCAUACGAGUUCUCCCCAAACCCCACCCACAGAGCACAUAGCACAGCCUCCUUCGACUGUGGACACUGCUGCCCUCAGCGAGGAACCCCUGCCCGUGAAGCCAGUGUCUCGGCCGGCCCGCGUGCCCCACAUCUGUGCCAUCUGCAACAAGCAGUUCAAGAACAACUACAACCUGCGGCGGCACCAGUCGGUCCACACUGGGGUACGCAUGAAGGACAGGGCCAGAGAGCAGGCGGAGGGGGCAAAGGAGGGAGCAGCCGGCCAGGUGGCGGUGGCAGUGGCGGCCCCGUUGGCGAUGGCGGUGGGGGCUGGAGGGAGGGCGGAGAGGCCCACUGUUCCCCUCUCCCUGCUACACCUCUCCGCGCCUCCCCCUCUCGCCCCUCCCGGCGUGCUGGUGGGUGCACAGCAGCCUCCCCUGGGUAGUCAGGAUGGUGAAGGGGUAGCCAUGCCAAACGUAAUGGCUAGUGUUAACCCCCAUGCUCCGCCUCCUGCUGCUGUCGUCAUGGCCACAGGGGCGACAGUACAGCGGCCCACGAAUCCCAACCCGAACCCGGUAAGGAAGAACCAUGCCUGUGAGACAUGCGGGAAGGCCUUCCGCGAUGUCUACCACCUCAACCGCCACCGCCUGUCCCACUCAGAUGAGAAGCCGUUCUCCUGCCCCAUCUGCCAGCAGCGCUUCAAAAGGAAGGACCGCAUGAGCCACCACGUGCGCUCCCACCAGGGCGGGGUGGAAAAACCUUACGUCUGUCCACACUGCGGCAAGGCCUUCUCCAGGCCUGACCACCUUAACAGUCACGUCAGACAGGUGCACUCCUCGGAGCGACCCUUCAAAUGCCCGACCUGCGAGUCCAGCUUCGCCACGAAGGACCGCUUGCGCGCACACAUGAUUCGCCACGAGGAGAAGGUUCCCUGUCACAUCUGCGGGAAGCUCCUGUCCGCCGCUUACAUCACAGAUCACAUGAGGGUGCACAACCAGUCGCAGCACCACGCCUGCCAUCUCUGUAACCGCAGCUUCACCACGCUGACCUACCUUCGUGUCCACGCCCAGAAGCACCACGGCCAGGAGUGGAAGGACAGCCCAGGGGGCUUCGGCGGCACGGCGUCCGGCGGCGUGCUCGUCUGCCACUUGUGUGGCGUCCACUGCAAGACACCCACCCAGCUCCAGGGCCACAUGGGCACCCACAGCAACAGCCAGGGUGCCCCGAGCCCCAUCACCUCUAAUGUGGCCGCCAGCAGCUCUGUCUCCCUCAGCAACAUGGUGACGGCGCCCACCGUGUACGUCACGGGCAACACGGUGGUGGACCUGCUCGUCACGGACUGCUCUAGCAUCGCGGCGCCACAGCCCCACAGUUAGCAGUAUAGAGCUCAGCAAUAACGACCUCAGUUCCUUAGCAAGAGGGCAAGGUUAGAGAAGGUUGAAGUUACUCGUAGAUGCUGAUCCGGUUUCGGUUUUUGUCAUGUCCCCACUUAUAGGUAAGGCAAGGAUUAAAGGGUGGUGGGGGGGAUUAACGCCAGUCAGCACUCAAGGGCAGUUUCACCUCAGAGCUGCAGAGGGUGGAGCGUCAGAGAGAAGGAGGAAAAAAGGAAGAGCUGUAUUAAUAGAGCAGUGAAGUCAUGGAAAGAGGGACCUUUGUGGCUGCAGCAGGUUCACUGACACUAACGACAAACAUGGAUGUGUCGUCCAGAUAUUCCUGAAUGCUCUUGUGCAUUUAAGACUCCCAAUGAAACUGUGGUAUUGUGAGCAUCUACUGUAUUACUCUCCCCUCUCUCUCUCUCUCUCUCUCUCUCUCUCUCUCUCUCUUUUUUCUCCUCCUCCCCUCAACCCUGGCAUUGGCUGCUCUCUGCAAGUGCACCAAGUACUGUAUAUCUCACACCAGCUCUGAUCUUACCUCCAUUUUGCAGCUCACUUAACUGAGAAUCCAAAAGGCUCACGUUAAAAAGAAGUGGAAGGGUGAGAAUAGUGCUAAGAGAAACAUAAGAGAAGAAACACAUUAGAAGGGAAGGUGUGUGUUUGCGGUGUGCGUCUAAGUCAGGACUCCUCUAGCAUGAUAGUGCGUUUGUCUACAAAACUAAAAUCAACAUUUGACUUGAAGUCGUAAUGCUAGUUUAUUAAGUUCCUAGAGGGCUGUUUUUAGAUCAGGACAGAAGACCACACAUGCAUUGCAAUCGGUGUGUAUUUGUAUUGUGGGAUGUACUCAUUCAUUUGUUUCCUAAAAAGUAAAGAGAUAAGAAUAGAGUUGCAUUCAGGAGAGUCAAGCACCUUAAAACUGUCAUUGUUCGAUUCAGUGAGGAUCAAAAUGGGUUUGAGAUUUCUCUGAUUUUCUUGCUCUGAGUCUUCCUCUCUGGGUCUGGCCAUUAAAAAAAAAAAACAAAACAACAAAACAUAACUGCUAAUCAACACUUCAGCUUGUGACAUGGCGAUUUCUUGCACCUGAGAACUACCUUUUGCAUGAAAACAAGCUAGCUCAGUCAUGCUUAUUGUUAGGGAGCUGUCAUGACAAAAAGAUACUUUUAGCAGUUCCACUAAGUUAGUCGGCUGUAAACAAUAAUAUUUAUGAAAGUGUUGAUUUUUAUUCAGAAAAUUUUAACAUUGUUGGCCAUUCAUUUGAUUGUAACUGUCAUUGCCAUAGUCCUUUUGUUUUCUCUAUGUACCAGUCCAAUGAGUGAAACUUAUGCAUUAGAUUUAGUCAUUUAACUCUCUGUAUAGCACAUAAUGUUCUGAGCGCAAGUCAUUAUCGCUCCACAUUAAUCAUGUGAGGAAUGGUCACUUGUCUGUUGGAUAUUUUUUGGUUGCUUUGAGUUAUAUUGUGAGUGAUGUGUGGUGUCGAGAAAGGGCUUAUAAAGUCGUGAGUGAGGCAAAGGAAGUACAAUGGGAGUUUGACAACACCACUUUGUAUGCCGUAAACAGAUCCUGGUUUUGUACUGGAGUGCUUUUUUCAGUUUUGUGUUACUAUGUUACCUUGAGAUUUGUAGAGUUGUUUUCUUCCUUUCUUCCUUUUUUGUUUCUUUCUUUGAAAAUGUGUUCUUCCUGUUGAGAAAAGUAGUGAUUUAUUCGAAAAAGUUAAUUUUAGGUUUUCUCCAUUACACUAAGAAAAAAAUAAUACCUCUACUCUAGGAUUCUGUACAGCUCUUGUGAUACAUCUUAAUGCCUUAUCGUACUCAACUGCAUUUUAAUUCUUUUAUGAUGAAAUAUUUCAAAUCUUAGUCAUGGAUUCAUUAAGAAUAUUAAUGGGAUGUAUUUAUAUUUAUAUUUUUAUAUUUCUCAACAGUAUGCAUGUCUAAAAGGUUGUUAGAGCAAAAAAAAAAAUCAAUGAUGCUUACUACAGUCAUAAAUAUUAUGUUAUUUUGUAGAUGAAGUAGAGAUCAUGUUAUUAUUUUGUAAUUUGGACAAUUUAAAGUAAAAAGGGUAAACAGGCA